UAUGGAUACUGACAGUUACACUAUGGUGGGAGCUGGUUCCGUAGGAUACAAGAUACAGGUGACCUUAACUACAUAUUAAUUAUGGGAGUAAUCACCGUAUGCGAUAUCGACUAUGGCCGGAUAUUUGGACCAUUUCCGGUACAGGUGGCGCUGAUGGACCCGACCUAUGUGAUUGGCAUGCUCACACAGGACACACGACAUGACUCUCCAGCUAUCGAGGUGGACCCUGACGCCAGCAAUGGCGUGGCGCGUGCUGACGGCUGGUUAGCGUACAUUCAGCCCGCCCGUGAGGAGGAGGAACAGAACGUGGAAGCAUAUAUGAAGAAUGGCCAGGUAUUUUAUCGGACAUUGCGGAUAAUUAAAGAAAGGGAAGAACUCCUGGUUUGGUACAGUAAGGACUUCUGUCAGCUGAUCGGCAUACCUGACGUCAGGCGUAGUACCAUUCAGGAAAAAGUGAGCUACGUGUGCCAGUUUUGUGGAGAAAAGUUCCAGUAUUUAUUUCCUUUGAGAGCACAUAUGCGCUUCAAAUGCGACAACAAAAGAAUGGAUAGUCGAUCAUUAUAUGAGAGAGUUCAUAACCAAGAUAUCAAAAGUGUUCAUGACAGUAAAUUGUUAAGCAGAGUGUCACAUACUGACAGACUUUCGAGUGACAUCCAUCGUCCUGGAUUUGAGCAUACAAACGAGGACGUUCUGUUGGGUCGGAAACGACAUGCGAUGGAAAACGAAGAUCAUGUGGAAGUUAAAAUAAAAAGUUACGAAAAUGGCGAAAAUCAAUCACCGCCACUCCUGAAAAAAGACUCACCAGAGAAAGAUUGUAAUGCAAACAUUAGCAUAGAUAGUGUUCAAGAAAGUAGCCCAAGCAAUCCAAGUGCGUUUAGAAAAGUGGAACGAUCUCUUUCUCCUCAAAUGAAUGUUUCAAACUGUGAAAUCAGACGCAACGCGUCAAAUCUGCAUUAUGCUAGCAGUGCUAUAAACAUGCAUAACAGAAUGGAGAAUAGACCAGUGUCUGCUUCAAAAGACAUUGUUAUGCCGACAAGUUUAGCGACGUCAGUGCUACCAACAUCACCUUUAAUGGGUUCGUCGUCACUUACGGCGAACGUCCUUGACCCUCAGCUGAGAGCAUCGAUGAUGGAAGCGUAUAGGUUUGCAUUUCCCCAGCAAUACAAUGGAACACAAGAAUCCAUAAUGAGGAGUUUACACGGUAUCGGAGUUGAUCCAUCAAAACAGUAUGGCUUCCCUAAUAAAAUAAAUAAUGACAUAUCAUUUAUGAAAAGCGCUAACCCUAUGGUAGACCGAAUUCUAGUUAAUCCCAGAGCAACUGCCUUGUUACCACCGGCUGUCAUGGUUCCUAGCCCCACAGCUCCCAUGAUGUCCAGCCCAACUGGAAACACCAUGCCCGUGUUUCAGAAUUGGUGUGCAAAAUGCAACGCUUCUUUCAGAAUGACAAGUGAUCUGGUAUACCAUAUGAGAUCUCAUCACAAACGAGAGUUUGACCCUGUAAAAAAGAAAAGAGACGACAAGCUAAAAUGUAAUAUUUGUCACGAGACAUUUCGGGAAAGGCAUCAUCUUACGAGACAUAUGACGUCACAUGCCUAAUUUAAACAAUGAAAGGAAAACUUUAUUCUUUCAAUGUCAUUCAUGAUGA